GCGUCACUCCGCGUUUGAAUCUCCUCGGCGCCCGUAGCCGUGAACUUUAACCACGGGCGCCAGGGACUAGCACGCAUGCGUUUUUCCUUCACAUGGUGUGGCUCCUUAUUGUAGCUGCAGCGGCAGGAGCUGUGGCGACCUUGCUAGUCCUGCGACUAUGGGUAGUGCUGCACUCCCAGGCCGUUACGCCCCGGAAGUCUCUCAGUGUCGUGGUAGUGGCCGGCUCCGGUGGACAUACCACGGAGAUCCUGAGACUGCUGGAGAGCUUAUCCGAUGCUUACUCACCUAGACAUUACAUCCUUGCUGACACUGAUAACAUGAGUGCCAUGAAAAUAGAUACUUUGGAACGUGCUCGAGCUAAUAGAGACCCUAGUAGCACGUGUUCCCAGUACUACCUUCAUCGAAUUCCCAGGAGCCGUGAGGUUCAGCAGUCCUGGCUGUCCACGGUGCUCAGCACCUUGCAUUCCAUGUGGGUGUCCUUUCCUCUGGUCCUCAGAGUGAAGCCUGAUCUGGUAUUGUGUAAUGGACCCGGAACAUGUGUUCCUAUCUGCAUAUCCGCCCUGCUCCUUGGGAUUCUGGGGCUGAAGAAAGUGAUCAUUGUCUACGUGGAAAGCAUCUGCCGAGUGGAAACCCUGUCCCUGUCAGGGCACAUCCUACUUCACCUCUCGGAUUACUUCAUCGUGCAAUGGCCAACUCUAAAAGAGAAGUAUCCCAAAACUGUGUACCUUGGGCGAAUCGUUUGACAGUCGGCAGCAUGCAUCUUUAGAAUGUUACCAUCCGCCAUGGUAUUUACUCUGAUGGUUGGGAAGAACACUACAGGCUUGCCAUGAAGGCUGUUUAAAAUUGAGAAUUAUUGGUGAUCAAGAAUUACAAAAAAAGAAGUGCAAAUAACUGAGUAUAGAGAAACUGAGGUCUCUCAUAAAACAAACAUGAUGAGCUGUAAACACAAAAUACUUACGUCUGUACACACCAGAUUUCAGCUCGAGAAAAGUGUCUGUCACUAACUACAAGUUAUCUUCUGUUUACACAAUCUUUUUUCAACCUAAAUAUAAAGUUUGUAUGAUUAGUAACAUUUCCUGUUACUAUAGUUUUCUUCCCCCUCCCCAAGUAUCUGUCUCGUGGGGGGAAAAGAAAAGUA